UGAUGAUGAUGAUAAUGGGGUUACAAAUAAGACACGGAAACAGAUUGGAAUAUUUAUACCUUCACUGAACAGACAGGUUGCAGCUCCCACAAACAUGUUGGUUCAAGGCAGAGGAAGAGCAAAAGACUGAGACUCGCUGCUGGGAACUUGGCUCCAGGAGGACCAAAACCACACCAGGGCAGUUCAGGUCAGGCAGAACCUGAAACCUUUGGCACUGAUCACAGCAGAAAUCAGACUAUACAAGAGCAGCACCUGAAUACACCACAGUAAACAACUGCAGAGGACAGUGAGGGGGUAGAUCUAGUGUUAAAAACAUUGGAUAUCUGACGAGACCAAGGAGACCAGUCAUGCCAGCCUCUGGAGGAGCAGACCCAAAGGGAGAAGAUUUCUCCACUGCCAUCCUGAAACAGAAACACAGACCGAACAGACUCAUUGUGGACGAAGCGCUCAAUGAAGACAGCAGCAUUGUCAGCCUGUCACUGAUUAAGACAGAGGAGCUGCAGCUCUUCCGGGGGGACACAGUGGUGUUGCGAGGGAGGAAAUGUCGGCAAACAGUGUGCAUCGUCCUGACAGAUGAAACCUGUGGGCAUGAACGAAUCCGCAUGAAUCGUGUGACGCGCAACAAUCUGCGUGUCCGGCUUGGUGAUGUCAUCAGUAUUCAUGCCUGCCCUGAUAUCAAGUAUGGGAAGCAGAUCCAUGUCCUCCCUAUAGAUGACACCAUCGAGGGCCUGACAGGAAACCUCUUUGAUGUUUUCCUCAAACCGUAUUUUCUGGAGGCUUACCGGCCCAUACAUAAAGGUGACAUCUUCUUGGUGAGAGGAAGCAUGCGGGCGGUGGAGUUCAAGGUGAUGGAGACUGACCCCAGCCCCCACUGUAUUGUUGCCCCAGACACGGUCAUCUACUGCGAGGGAGAGCCAAUCAAAAGAGAGGAUGAGGAGGAGAGCCUUAAUGACAUCGGCUACGACGACAUCGGAGGCUGUCGGAAGCAGCUGGCCCAGAUUAAAGAGAUGGUGGAGCUUCCUCUCAGACACCCCGGCCUUUUCAAGGCUAUCGGUGUUAAGCCCCCCAGAGGAAUCCUGCUGUACGGCCCUGCAGGCACUGGGAAGACCCUGGUGGCUCGGGCUGUAGCCAACGAAACUGGUGCCUUUUUCUUUCUCAUCAAUGGUCCGGAGAUCAUGAGUAAGCUGGCGGGAGAGUCAGAGAGCAACCUAAGAAAGGCGUUUGAGGAGGCAGAGAAAAACGCUCCAGCCAUCAUCUUUAUUGAUGAGCUGGAUGCCAUCGCUCCCAAGAGAGAGAAGACUCAUGGUGAAGUGGAGAGGCGUAUAGUCUCCCAGCUCCUGACCCUGAUGGAUGGCCUGAAGCAAAGAGCUCAUGUAGUUGUCAUGGCAGCCACAAACCGACCAAACAGUGUGGACCCUGCUCUAAGACGCUUUGGCAGGUUUGACCGGGAGAUUGACAUUGGAAUCCCUGAUUCGACCGGCAGACUGGAGAUCAUGCAGAUCCACACCAAAAACAUGAAACUGGCUGGCGAUAUCGACCUGGAGAGGAUUGCCAAAGAGACCCACGGUCAUGUAGGCGCCGACCUGGCUGCUCUGUGCUCAGAAGCUGCUCUGCAAGCCAUCCGCAAGAAGAUGACCCUCAUAGACCUGGAGGAUGAAUCCAUUGAUGCUGACCUGCUCAACUCACUGGCUGUCACCAUGGAUGAUUUCCAAUGGGCGCUGAGUCAGAGCAACCCAUCAGCUUUGAGAGAGACUGUUGCAGAGGUGCCUCAGGUGAACUGGGAGGAUGUCGGAGGACUGGACCAAGUCAAGAGAGAACUGCAGGAGCUCGUUCAGUACCCUGUCGAGUAUCCAGACAAGUUCCUGAAGUUUGGUAUGACUCCAUCUCGUGGAGUGUUGUUCUAUGGCCCUCCGGGCUGUGGGAAAACCCUGUUGGCUAAGGCCAUCGCCAAUGAGUGCCAAGCAAACUUUAUCUCCAUCAAAGGACCCGAGAUGCUGACCAUGUGGUUUGGAGAAUCGGAGGCCAAUGUCAGAGAUGUGUUUGAUAAGGCCAGACAGGCAGCCCCUUGCAUCUUGUUUUUCGACGAGUUAGACUCCAUUGCCAAAUCUAGAGGAGGCGGAGGUGGGGAUGGAAGUGGUGCAGCUGACAGAGUCAUCAAUCAGAUACUCACAGAGAUGGACGGCAUGUCGGAUAAAAAGAAUGUCUUCAUUAUUGGAGCCACGAACAGACCAGACAUCAUAGACUCUGCCAUCCUGCGGCCGGGCCGUUUGGACCAGCUCAUCUACAUCCCGCUCCCAGACAAACCAUCUCGCACUGCAAUCCUAAAUGCCAACCUCCGCAAGUCCCCUGUCGCACGAGAUGUUGAUCUGGACUACCUGUCUGACAUCACAGAUGGGUUCUCCGGAGCCGACCUGACAGAGAUCUGCCAGCGGGCUUGUAAAAUGGCCAUCCGUGAGGCCAUCGAGGCCGAGAUCAAGGCUGAGCGUCAGAGGCAAACCAGACCAGGCAUCCCCAUGGAUGAGGACUUUGAUCCAGUCCCAGAGAUCAGGAAGGACCACUUUGAAGAGGCGAUGCGAUUUGCUCGUCGCUCUGUCAGUGACAAUGACAUCCGCAAAUAUGAAAUGUUUGCUCAAACUCUGCAGCAGAGCCGAGGUUUUGGAAACUUCAGGUUCCCCUCUGCUACUGGUACCCGGUCUGGAGGUCAGGGGUCAGGCUCUGGGUCAGAGAGGCCAGGCGUGUACAGAGAGGAAGGCAAUGAUGAUCUCUAUCAGUGACAAAAUCUCAUCAUAUAGUUGAACAGCUGCACAGCGUUUUCCUAUUCCACUGCUGUGCUUGGCUUCCUCAGAGGAAUGAUAACCGAAGCAUAACGGGAGUGGAAAUAGCAAGACACAAAGGGAAACAUGGCGAAAUAAUAGUAAUAAUAAUUUUAAGAAAUCUUUUUUUAAA